AUGGCAGGACAACAAUCCAUGUACCAGUUCCUAUUCGAGGGCCCACAAAUCCCGAUUGUCUCCUACCGAUUCGCUUCAUCAAUCAGCCUAGUUCUCAAGGCUGAGGGUAUUCCAUGUCUACUAUGGGGUGAUUUAGCGAUGAGAGCUAUGGGUUUCCACAGCAUAGCACAAAACCUCGAUCUCAUCCUCGAAGACGAGCACUUGACACGAGCCGCCGCUGUUUUCCGCAACUACGAAUAUGCCCACGAAUUCCCUUACUUUCUACGCUGUGCCUCAGCCACCGCCACAACCCCUGAGUCAGGCCGCCCAGAGCCUACCCACCGCUUCCACGUCUACAGCCACCCCGAGAUCACCAUGAUGCCAUCUCAAGCUCCACAAGAACCUGGCGCUCAGGGACCAUCAGCGGUACACGGAGAGAUACCCCAUAUAGAUAUAUGCCUGUACUCCAAGCGGUGGUAUUUCCCAGGCAAUCCCCCUAUCCCGACUGGGAUCCCACGUCCUACGAACCUAUCCUACAUGUUGAGUAACGACGGCCGACUACCCUUGACGGGGUAUCAACAUGGUCAGCCCAACUUCGGCCGCUUUCCGCAAGACAUUGCCCCGGUGAUAAUGGCAAAGCCGGCUCGAUAUAUUGAGACGUUACUGGUUCUCAGAAUUAACUUCGGUACUUGGUCGCAACAAACCAGGUGGUGGAGGUUGACUCUUGCUCGGAUGACGACGACUGGCUUCGGGAAUGGUCCGGAUGAUGACCCUCAGCCGGUUAUGUUUGGGCCGUUGUAUGAUCCUGAGUGUUUCCGGGAGGAAUUUCAGCGUUGGUGGAAUUUGAUGCGGGCUAGGGACAUUGAGGCGGUUUUGGCAGAGGAGGAGAAUAUGGGGGUGUUGUUGAGGUCGCCGGGUACGCCUGUUGGAGGGCUGUGGGUUCCACUUUAG